CGGGGGCGAGGGGCAGAGCCGGGCACCCGCUGGGCGCGGCGACGCCCCCGCGCCGGCCCAGCCCCGCCGGGCGGACGGGGGCGCCGAGUCCCCUCGGAGCGGAGCGGGGCGGCGGCGGCCCUCGGCGGCGGCAUGGCGGGGCGAGCGGCCGGCCGGCGGGCGGGCUGAGGCGGGGGCCGGGCGGGGAGGCGCCGGCGGCGGGGUCUCACCGCCUUUUCUUGCCGUCCCCCGCAGGGAGCGGCCGGCCCCCCGCGCCACCAUUGCCUCGCACGGCAAGGAGGACCUGCUCGCCGUCGCCGCCCGGCUCUGGCAGCGGAGGAGGCGGCUGCUGGCCGCCGCCGGGCUCGCCCUGGCCAUGGCCGUCGCCCUGCUCGUCGCCGUGCCCCUGCUGCUGCUGCAGGCGCCCGCCGAGAGCGGCGCCCACUACGAGAUGAUGGGCACCUGCCGCAUGAUCUGCGACCCGUACAGCGGCGGGCGGCCGCCCGGCCCUGGCAGCACCGCCGCCGUGGAGGCCCUGCAGGACCUGGGCGCCAACCCCCCGCCGCCCUUCGUCCAGGGACCCAAGGGGGAGCCGGGCCGGCCGGGCAAGCCGGGCCCCCGCGGACCCCCCGGGGAGCCGGGGCCGCCGGGGCCGCGGGGCCCGCCGGGGGAGCGGGGCGACGCGGGGAAGCCGGGGCUGCCCGGGCUGGCGCUGGCGGGCGCGGGCGGCGGCGGGAGCGGCGGCGGGGCGGCGGCGGGCGGCGAGGCGGCGGGCGGGCUGAGCGCCGCCUUCAGCGGGCCGCGCAUCGCCUUCUACGUGGGGCUGAAGAGCCCCCACGAAGGCUACGAGGUCCUCAAGUUCGACGACGUGGUGACCAACCUGGGCAACCACUACGACCCGGCCAGCGGCAAGUUCACCUGCCAGGUGCGCGGCAUCUACUUCUUCACCUACCACAUCCUCAUGCGCGGCGGCGACGGCACCAGCAUGUGGGCCGACCUCUGCAAGAACGGGCAGGUGCGGGCCAGUGCCAUCGCCCAAGACGCAGACCAGAACUACGACUACGCCAGCAACAGCGUGGUGCUGCAUCUGGACUCCGGCGACGAGGUGUACGUCAAGCUGGACGGAGGCAAGGCGCACGGAGGCAACAACAAUAAGUACAGCACUUUCUCUGGCUUUCUUUUAUACCCUGAUUAACACAAUGAGCGAUGCGACACAACUGGCCCCGCCACGGAUGCGCGUGGGGUGGUCGGCGUUUCUGUACCCCAUCGUGCCGCAGUUCCUGCUGGUGUCAGCUGUCUCCACAGGUCACUUUAGCUUCAUUACCACUUUGCAUUUUUUUUUAAUUAUUUUUUUUUAAUCCCUGUGGAAACAAAAUAGACGUGAAACAAAGCGAUCCCCUUCCUUACUCUGCCCCGUUUCCCCUGAGCCUCUCCCUUUGUCAGCCCCGGUGUUGUGUGUGUCACAGGAGGAGCUCGGCAGCUUGCAACUCUCGAGCGGUUCCCAGGGGGUGUAACUACAGUUGGGACUGUGCCGCGCACAGUGUUUGAACCCACCACAUUUUUUCAUCAAUGAGUAUUAAUUAUGAUGAUGAAUUUCCAGGUCGACUAUUCACGAGGCGGGACUGGACCAUAACUGGUUUUUCCUCUGCUGCUUUGUUUGUAUGGGGUCAAGUGUAAACUUUUCUUUUCUGUGCAAUGCAAUGCUCGUUUGAAUGAUGGUUGUCAUUAAUGUCAAACUUGUUCCUGUCUGCAAAAGAAUCCAAUCGUUGACCACAAUCACCAAAAUACCACAUUAAAUUAUGUUUUUAGACAAUGCCUUCUUGCUUUCUGUCUCUUCCAGUGCUGCAAAGGAGUGCUGUGGUGGUGCCACGGGAAGGUGGGAGGUAAAGGAGGGGGUCACUUCAGUCCCUUAGGUUUGCAACAAAAUGUGAAGUUCAGAUGGGGCACCGUGCCUAGGUCUUGGUUGUUGUUCAAGGGGGCUGGGAAGAAGCAGAGGGAGAGGAAAAAAAGCUUCACAUUUAUGCAGUUUUGCAAAAAGAAGGCACACAGUCAUCAAGAGGCGGAAGUGGGGGUGUGGAGCAGAUCUAAGUGUAAACAGGUUUAGUGGGUCUGAGCCUGAUCCAGAGGUUAGUAAAGUACAGGGAAAGUGGUUCAAUCAGCGAGCGGUUAGGGGAAGCCAUGUGUCUGUAACACACCUGAUGAAUGUCAGGCAGCGGGGGAGAGAGUCUGUCUAAACCCCUGCACGUGCAGUGUGUGUAUGGGUUGGAAAUGGCACCUGACCGUAGGGAGGUCUGCACAGUCCCUGAGAUGGGCUGGGAGAGAAAGCUCACUGGAGACUGGCGGAUUCAGACCAUUUGGAAAGGUUUUCUCCUGCUGGUCCUCGGUAAACCCCAACCACUCAGGUCCUUUGAAGAGCGCACAGGUGUGUAACUAGUGCGUGUGGUUCUGACCCGUUGGUGGAGGGGUGCAUCUUUCAUCAUCACCUCAGCAGGUAACCUCCUCCAUUUGGGUUAACGGGUUGCUCUGCUGAAGCUAAAAGAGUGAAGCUGAUGAACAAAAGCUUUUGUUUUGCUGUCUUGUAAUUUCAUUUUUCCCUCCUGAAGGUCUUACCUCCCUGUCAGCUUACUGCCCUUUGCAGCAUUAAUGCAGCUGCACAGGUAAGAGAGGCAGGAGCUGGACUCCAGAGCUGCCUGGAGCUUUGCCCCUGCCCUGACAUUGCAGGAGGAAAGGGAACCACAGCUGGGAUGGACUUGUUCCAGCCCCACUUUGGGGCAGCCCGGUGAUGACUGAGCUCUUACGGUCUCUUCUGUCUCCUACCUAGUCCUCAGUGGGUAUUGUCUUCUCGUUGGCUGGAAGAGGAGGGUCAGAGAGAGAGCGCAAUUCCUCCCUUCAUCCCGUCCUCAAACAUGCCCCAGCUGAGGGAAGCAGAGUUCAUGAUGAGGUACAUGUGUUAGACACUUCUCAAUCUCUAAUGUCUUGUCGAUUUGUGCUAUUUAGAAUAUGAUUAAAAUCAGUGUCUGAGACCCAAAUGAAGUAUAAUUGCUAUGGAUCCUCAAUUCCCCCCAGAUCCGUAAUCCUUUUUGACUAUUCCUCCCCUCCCCUCUGACGAAAUGGAGCUUAGACACAAAGCCCUCGGUUUAAAUUUCAAAAAAUUAAAAUUGACAUGCAGCAGCAUUAGCAGGAGCCAGGAGGAAUUCUAAGGAGGUGCCUGGGCUCUGCUUUAUCCUUUGCAUUAAGAAGCAAUUUGUACUUCUAACAAAGACCCAACUGUUCCCCCUUGGCAAAAGGGCAAUGAAGAUGCCUUGCAAGGGAAUUGCUGUUCACAAUACUUAAACAAAUUUGAAUCUUAGAUUUUUAAAUCUGUAUUCCCUGGUGGAGCCUGCUCCUUGCAAUUCAAAUGCAGGGCUGGCGGUGUGUGCCUGCCAAGGUGUCAGUAGCUAAGCGGAUGAUGGAUUGAUGAGGCAAUGGGAAGACACAGGCUCACAGUGGCGGUUUGCCCCGACAGUGAUCUAUGUAUCUGCACAUUAUCAAUGUCAUGAGGAGGCUUGAACCACCCUCGCUAGAUGUCUCAUUUUCCACUUAUCUCUUAUGUACUAAUUAUCAGGCUGGAUUAUUCCCCAGGAUAGAAAAAAAAAAAUUGCUCAUUGCCACUCCACUGACAGUUUACACAAUCGAUAAAAUGAACGUCUCCCUCGGCUGCUCGCAGGCUUUUUUGUUUCCUCUCCUCAUUGCAGGGUCCUCCGAGAUUGCCUCUGUGGGGGGUUGAUGGCUCUCACCCAGCAUCUGCGGCAGUUGUGCUUGGACAGGCUCCUUCAUCCCAGUCAUCUUGGUAGUAGCUCAGUGUGUGGGUUGGGGUUUUUUUCUGAAGUAACACAAGGAAAAGCAAUUGGGAGAUGAAAAACUUCAGUGCUUGGCGGUGCAGCUGUCCAGAAAAACAGAGGCAGUGUUGCGGAUGGGGAUGGCAGUCCCUGUGCUGCAGGUGGCUCUGGGUGAGAGCAAGCAGCCCGUGGUGGGCUUGUAACCCUUUGGGCUUUGACAGAGUCCUCCUCCCUUUAGAUCUGGUCUUCGGGUUCUGUAUGUUCCACGGCACAAGGAGAAGGGGCUCUUUGUAGCAGGGAUACCCUGGUCCUCUGGUUUGGAUCAGAGGAGGAGAAUCAAUGUGUGUUCCAAGGCUGGCUUCAGCUUUCCCUGGGACUGGCUUUCCCAAAUGAUACUGGCAUCGCAGACAACCAUUAGCCAGCAUCUGCUCUGGAGGUCUGACCCCUCAGAGGUGUUAUUUUACUUGAUGAGUAGAACAAAUGCUUUUAAAAAUUGUCUGGUGAUGGGAUGUGCUUCAAAUAGGGAAGCCUCCCUGAAAGGAGUGGAAGGUUGGCAUUUUAGACAAAGGAUACUUCUGUUUUGUGCCCAGCUGCAUGCUCAAGUUAAAAUAAUAAAAAUGCUAAGAUAAAAAACAUA